GUGGAGAAACACCUGCCAGUAGCUACCAGUAGCUUGGCAACGCGGACAGACUUCUGUUUCGAAUGGGUGUAGUGCAGCGCCUGUGUGCUGCACCCUGCCGGAAGGUUGGCGUCGCAGCCGCACUUGAAUCUUGUCGUCUGCAACACACUCACUCCUCACGAUUCUCAUUUUCCCGUUAAUUGUCUGCAAUAGACACUGGCAGCAAUCAACUCAAAGAUGAUGCGCAAUUUGAGCACUGGGAAACUUCUCGAGUGGGUUCUUUAUUACGAUGUUUUGAGUUCUGCACGUUCAUCGUUAUUUCGUAUUUUUAAUUUCGGCUUCUAGCUCAGACUCAUCUGCAGGCAGGUUGUCAGAUCAGUAAACAAACCGUGUACUUCAAUGUCAGUUCUGAUUGCGUCCGCAUGUGCUGCAGAUGAAUCUGCCACAAAUUCCAACCGUCCACUACCAUUUAAGUUAUUUAAUAAGAAAGAGAUGACUCAUGAAGCUCUUAUUAGACAAGCAUGCACCUUAACAGCCAACUCCUCGAGUCAACUUCUUACUCAAGUUUUAAUUGCAAUAAAUGAAACAAGCCAAGAAUAUCGAAAAUCUAUGUCAGAUCUUAUGGUUUUAUUGGAAGAGAGUCUUCUUCUUCUUACAAAUUCAAGAACGUCUCCUCUAGAUGAGGUGGAAGAACUGAUUGUCAAGCAAAGAACCAUAGUAGAUGAACAGCAUAGAUUAUUACUGGAACUUGUUUCAUUGAUGGACUACGUUGAGAAAAUGAUGACAUCUACCGCAGAAACUGCAUUUUUAGCAGGAGCGGAGCAAUCAAGCACAUUGAUGUGUGAACGCCUCAAUUCUGCUUUAUAUAAGGUUGGGGAAGAGUGUGCUGCUAACAAGAAUUCUGAAGAGGAAUUGCUGAAACUUCAAGAAGCUUAUGUAAUUAAAUUGGGUGAACUUUAUGAAAGAGAGUGGAAAGACAAUCCAAAUCUGUCUGAAAACGUAAAUAAGGAAGAACUGGUACCCAAUGAAGAAAUCUCUAAUGCUAGCCUAGUGACACCUAUUGACAUUUUUGAAGAUUCACAUGAGACUGGAGACAAGGCAAAUGAUCCAGAGCUAGUAUUAUAAAAUGGGAUAAUAAACAAAUUAAAUUGAAA